AUGCCGACAGGGACUUGCUACACUAAACCAAUAAGCCUGCGUGCUUGCGAAAUAUUUAGCAAAGAUAGCGCUGUACCCGGGGAAAUAUCCACAGGCUUCACUGUCACGCACCACCAAAACUUCCUGCUGGCCGCUGCCCUCGACUGCGCGGCCUUAAGCAAGAUUCCCCCGACCCCUUUGCGUCACCCUCAGAUUAUGAACAAGACCCCUCCUUCGAAACAGAUCUGGAACCCGGCUUUCAAGCAAAUCUAA